UGGAAAUGUUUGUUUAUUUUUUAUAAUAUUUUACUUAAUUGGUAUGAAUAAUAUUAUUUUGUAUGAUUUUGAAAUUUGGUUGCCUAGCAASGUUGUAUAAGUUAUCAAAACAUUAUGCUUCAGUCUUCACACCUGUAUAAUWCAUGUUAGUGUGUUAUGAAGCUUUUUAAUAUACUGUAAAAAUCAUGAGUAAAAUAAAGUUUUAUUGUUGUGGUUCUAAAUAAUUAAUAUUAUUAAUUAAUAAAUACUGUUAGGUACUAUGGAUAACGGAUUAGUGUCUUAUAAAAAUAGAGUAAUGGUUGUAAUAAUAUUACAGAACCAAUGAUGCAAUUUUUCAAUGUUCAAGAAAAGUCUGAUUGGAUUAUUUACAAUCGUUACAUACAACGAGAUUUGGAAUUAUGUAAAUUAUUAAUUGACCAGGAGUUACGAAACACUAAGGAUAACAACGAAUUUGCAUUUUAUAUAUUGGGAUUAAUAUAUAGAGAAGAAGGUAAGAUAAAAAAUUCAUAUUGGUGUUUUGAUAGAUAUUAUGCUUUGAAUCCAUUGUGUGUUGAAGGUGUCAAACAAAUUGCUCGUUCAUGUUUACUUUUGGGAAGGAAUGAUGAAGCCCAAAAAAUGUACUUGGAAGCAGAAAGAAUGUGCAGGGAACCAGAUACUAAAGUAUAUUACAACCUUGGUUUGUGUUACUUGAACUUAGGAGAAUUGGACAAAUCUAAAGAAUAUUUUCAUCGCACUAUUCAACUUAGCCGUAAUCAAGAUGCUUACGAAAAAUUAGCUUCAAUAUUCGCCAUGGAAAAUAACUUUAAAAAUGCGACCAGUAUAUUAAUUGCGGCUUCAAAGUUGUUUCCAUUCAACACGAACAUAUCUGUAGACUUGGGCUUGUUAUAUAUGAAACAACGUAAUUAUGAUCAAGCGUUUAAUAUUCUCGGAAAUACACUGUGCCAGGAUCCCGAAAAUCCUAAAGCACUUCUGACAUUAGCAGCUGAAAUGCAGAGAAACUGUGGAUACGACGAAGCAUUGGCCAAAUACACUAAAGCUGUUAAUGACUUAUCUGAAUGCUCUGAAACGUGGAAUAACAUCGGAAUGUGUUUCUUUGGAAAACACAAAUACGUUGCGGCUAUAAGUUGCUUAAAACGUGCUAUUUAUUUGCACCCAUUUAAUUGGAUUGCCUUAUACAAUUUGGGCCUUGUACAUCUAUACACCAGACAGUAUGUUUCAGCAUUCGUAUUCCUCUCAACUUCAGCGAAAUUAAACCCAAAUCAUGCCAGUACUUUUACGCUUAUUGGAUUGGCAUUAAACCAUAUGAACGACACGAGGAAUGCGGAAAAGGCAUAUCGUAAAUCCAUAGAGUUAAAUCCAGACAAUCCAGAAGCGCUAAUCAAUUUGACAAUUUUGGAAGUAAACCAAGGAAAAAUUAAAGAGGCUGAAAAAUAUUUUCACUCUUUUCAAGAAGCAUGCCUAUCAUGUGAUGCCAUUGAUAAAGAAAUUAUUGAACUAGGAAAGCAGGUUUCGGACGUUCUUGACGGACAUCCGGGAUCCCUAGACGAAGACGACGAUGAAACGACCGGACAUGAUGAACCUUGUGCGGCGGUGGUAGAAUGACAAGUUCCUCUUCAAACAUAAUUAUUAGCACUACACACCCAGGGGCCUAAGAGCUGGUGCUAAAACCCUUUAAUCUCCCCUCGGAUCCUAUACCAUCCGAGCAGCUCGAGCAGGUAUACACGAGGGCAAAUGGCGCCAUACUUAUUUUAAACAAAUCUGGACCAAGCUUGAAAAUUAUAAUAUAGUGGUUACUGAAAUUAAAUAUACGUGAUUGCAAUAUUGUACUGGACAUAUUUGAGCUGCAGUGCGUACCUAUACUUAACUGCUACACAGAGUAAUACUCGUAUACUUUAAAUCCAUUUAGUUAUAAGGUAGACAUUCCGUUUCCGUAUUAAUAAAUAUAUAACAAAUUA